AUGGAUAUACAAUUCCCGUACUCGCCGGCGGAGGUCGCUAAAGUCCGGGUGGUUCAGUUCGGCGUGCUUAGCCCCGAUGAAAUCCGACGGAUGUCGGUGGUGAAUAUUGUUCAUAGUGAGACGACGGAGAGGGGGAAGCCGAAGCCGGGCGGUCUCAGCGAUCCGCGGAUGGGAACGGUUGAUCGGAAGGUGAAGUGUGAGACCUGUAAUGGUAGUAUGGCAGAAUGCCCGGGGCACUUUGGCCAUCUUGAGCUGGCGAAGCCUAUGUUCAACAUUGGUAUUAUGCGUUGCGUUUGCUUUAACUGCUCCAAAAUAUUAGCUGAUGAGGAGAACAAUACUAAGGUGAAAGAAGCAAAGAGGAUAAGGAAUCCUAAGAAUAGACUCAGGAGGAUCUUGCUUGCCUGCCAAAACAUACAUAAGUGUGAAAGCGGAGAUGCAAUUGAGGGGGAAUUUCAAGAUUCCGAUGAAUUCGUAAAUAAAUCAAGGAGGAGCGGCUGUGGUGCUCUGCAACCAAGAAUUUCUAUUGAUGGUAUGAGAAUGGUUGCCGAGUACAAGGUUCAGAAGAAGAAAAAUGACGAAGAAGAGCAGUUGCCUGAACCUGUUGAGCGAAAACAGUAUCUAUCUGCUGAAAAGGUUCUUGGUAUAUUGAAGGGAAUAAGCGAUGAAGACUGUGAAUUAUUAGGAUUCAAUCCAAAAUAUUCUCUUUCAGAGUGGAUGAUCCUUCAAGUUCUUCCAAUACCUCCACCUUCAGUUAGACCUUCUGUUAUGAUGGACACUUCUUUAAGGAGUGAGGAUGAUUUGACCCAUCAAUUGGCUAUGAUAAUCAGGCAUAAUGAGAAUCUAAAGAGGCUACACAGAGAUGCGCCUCCUCAUAUAAUCUCAGAGUUUUCUCAGUUGUUGCAGUUCCAUCUGGCCACAUACUUUAACAAUGAACUGCCAGGGCAACCAAGAGCUACACAGAGAUCAGGCAGACCUAUUAAAUCAAUAUGUUGCAGAUUGAAAUCAAAAGAAGGUCGUGUCAGAGGUAAUUUGAUGGGGAAACGUGUUGAUUUCUCUGCUCGGACCGUGAUUACGCCGGAUCCUACCAUCAACAUCGAUGAACUGGGCGUGCCUUGGAGUAUUGCUCUAAAUCUCACAUAUCCAGAAACUGUGACUCCAUUCAACAUUGAAAGACUGAAGGAACUUGUUGAGCAUGGCCCAAAUCCGCCACCAGGGAAAACCGGUGCCAAGUACAUCAUAAGGGAUGAUGGGCAGAGGCUUGAUCUUCGUUAUCAGAAAGAACCACAUCUAGAGAUUGGAUAUAAGGUGGAGCGGCACUUAAUUGAUGGUGAUUUAGUGUUAUUUAACAGGCAACCCAGUCUGCAUAAAAUGUCUAUCAUGGGGCAUAGAAUAAAGAUAAUGCCAUUUUCAACUUUCCGCUUGAACCUCUCUGUUACUUCACCGUACAAUGCUGAUUUUGAUGGAGAUGAAAUGAACAUGCAUGUUCCGCAGUCACCUGAAGCGAGGGCAGAAGUUCAAGAGCUUAUGAUGGUUCCCAAAUGCAUAGUGUCACCUCAAUCAAAUCGGCCAGUUAUGGGAAUCGUGCAGGAUACCCUUUUAGGAAGCCUUCUGAUAACCAAGAGAGAUACUUUCAUUGAGAAGGAUGUGUUCAUGAACAUCAUGAUGUGGUGGGAAGAUUUUGAUGGAAAGGUACCUGCUCCGGCCAUUUUGAAGCCCAGGCCUCUUUGGACGGUCAUACCAAGACAAAUAAAUUACCACAGAACAGCAACAGGGGAUGACGAUAAUGAGAAAGGACCCAUUACUCUCGGAGACACUCAAGUUUGUAUUGAGAAAGGGGAGUUGCUUUCUGGCACCUUAUGCAAGAAGACACUCGGAAAUUCUGCUGGAAGUCUUAUUCAUGUUAUUUGGCAAGAAGUUGGUCCUGAUGCAGCACAGAAAUUUCUUGGACAUACACAGUGGCUUGUCAACUACUGGGUUCUGCAGAAUGGUUUUAGUGUUGGAAUUGGGGAUACGAUUGCUGAUGCUGCUACAAUGGAAAAAGUUAAUAUACGUAUCUCAGAAGCAAAGAAUGAAGUGAAAAAACUCAUCAAGGAUGCUCAGGAGAAGAAACUGGAGCGUGAAGCUGGUCGAACUAUGAUGGAAACUUUUGAAAAUCGAGUAAACAAGGAGUUGAACAAAGCACGUGAUGAUGCAGGAAGUAGUGCCCAAAAGAGCUUAUCAGAAAGUAACAAUCUCAAGGCAAUGGUUACAGCUGGAUCGAAGGGAACUUUCAUCAACAUCUCUCAAAUGACUGCUUGUGUGGGCCAACAGAAUGUUGAGGGUAAGCGAAUUCCCUUUGGAUUCAUUGACAGGACGCUGCCUCAUUUUACCAAGGAUGAUUUCGGACCAGAAAGUCGUGGUUUUGUGGAGAAUUCGUACUUACGUGGGUUGACUCCACAAGAGUUCUUCUUCCAUGCUAUGGGUGGUAGGGAAGGCAUUAUUGAUACUGCUGUGAAGACUUCUGAGACAGGUUACAUCCAAAGGCGAUUAGUGAAGGCCAUGGAGGAUAUCAUGGUUAAGUAUGAUGGUACAGUGAGGAAUUCUCUUGGGGAUGUGAUUCAGUUUCUCUAUGGGGAAGAUGGCAUGGAUGCUGUAUGGGUUGAAUCUCAAAAGCUUGACUCUUUGACACUCUCAAAUCCUGAAUUUGAUUCCAUGUUUAAAUUUGAACUGGCGAACAUAGAUUGGAAUCCAGAUUACAUAUCAGCAGAAGCAGCUAAUGAUUUAAAAUUCUCAGCAGAAAUCCGAGAUCUGUGUGAUUUGGAAGUUCAGAAACUUAAAGACGACAGGCUCAAACUUGCAAAAGAGAUUGCUACUUCAGGUGAUAAAAUGUUGCCUCUGCCACCAUCGGAUCUGGAUGUAUUGGGAGCAAUGUUCCGUGUUUCUGAGUUGGAGGAAAGGCUCAAGGUUGUGCAGGGUGAAGAUGCUCUUAGCAAGGAAGCUCAAAAGAACGCUACUAAGCUCUUUGGCAUGCUACUUCGUAGUACCUUGGCCAGUAAAAGGGUUUUGCAAGGUUAUAGACUUACAAAGGAUGCAUUGGAUUGGGUUGUUGGUGAAAUAGAGUCGCGCUUUUUGCAGUCACUGGUUUCUCCCGGGGAAAUGAUUGGUUGUGUUGCAGCUCAAUCCAUUGGUGAGCCAGCAACCCAGAUGACCCUUAAUACUUUCCAUUUCGCUGGUGUGAGCGCAAAAAAUGUUACUCUUGGUGUUCCUAGGUUGAAGGAAAUUAUCAAUGUUGCAAAGAAAAUAAAAACACCUUCUCUCUCUGUGUAUCUAAAGCCUGUCCCGAAAAUUACAAAUGACGCCAGUAUGGAGAGAGCAAGAAAUGUUCAAUGUGCUUUGGAAUACACUACUUUGAGGGGAGUAAUACAAGCCACAGAAAUUUGGUAUGAACCAGAUCCCAUGAGUACCAUAAUUCCAGAAGAUGAUGAUUUUGUCAAGUCAUAUUAUGAAAUUCCAGAUGAGGAGUUUGAUCCUGAUAAGAUGUCUCGCUGGUUGCUCCGUAUGGAGUUGAAUCGGGAUGUGAUGUUGGCUAAGAAUUUAAGUAUGGGGGAAGUUGUAGAAAAAAUUAAACAAGAGUUUGGUGAUGAUCUCCAUUGUAUAUUCAGUGAUGACAAUGCUGAAAAGCUCAUAAUUCGUAUCCGUAUCCGCAAUGAUGAAGCUCCUAAGGAUGAAGUAAGGGAUGAGUCUGUUGGGGAUGAUGUAUUCCUGGGAAAGUUAGAGAGCAACUUGCUUAACGUGAUGCCUCUCCGGGGCUUCCCGGACAUCGGGAAGGUAUUCCUCAAGGAGAUUAAGCAGAAAGAGUUUGAUGAGAUCAAUGGAGGAUUUGAGAUGAAAAACGAGUGGACGUUGGAUACUGAAGGUGUUAAUCUUCUGGCAGUUAUGUGUCAUGAAGACGUUCAUGCAAAGAAAACCACCAGUAAUCACUUGAUUGAAGUUAUUGAAGUUCUGGGAAUCGAGGCGGUUCGCAAGACAUUGCUAACUGAGUUGCGCGCUGUGAUAUCUUUUGAUGGGUCAUAUGUGAACUAUCGACACCUUGCAAUCUUGUGCGAGAUCAUGACAUACAGAGGUCACCUGAUGGCCAUAACUCGGCAUGGAAUCAACCGCAAUGAAACUGGUCCUUUAAUGAGAUGCUCAUUCGAGGAAACUGUGGACAUACUCCUGGACGCCGCGGCUUAUGCCGAGACAGAUUAUCUCAAAGGUGUCAGCGAACACAUUAUUUUAGGCCAGCUUGCAUCCAUUGGCACCGGAGACUGCGAAUUGCUUCUCAAUGAGGACAUGUUGAAGCAAGUCAUUGAUAUCAAUCUUCCCAGUUAUAUGGAGGGGGAUGGCCAUCUCCCGAACAUGACACCUCCCUAUCUUCAUAAUAUGAUGACUCCGAUUCUAAGUCCAAAUCAUUAUACCACAUCACAAGCUACCACUACUGAUCUCAACAUUUUCUCCCCCUAUACUAGUAACAUACAGCCAUUUCCAUCACCAACAAAUAUCACCCCAUCUCCUUAUACAAAUAGCCCAUUAUCCCCGAUUUAUACCCCAACUUCUCCACCCUAUUCCCCUGCAUCUCCCAUCUACAAUCCAACCUCUCCCCCGUAUAGUCCUACCUCUCCAACAUACACUCCUCCCACUACUGGGUACUCUCCAACAUCUCCUUACUACACCCCUACAUCUCCCACCUAUAAUCCUCCGUCGCUAGGAUACACUCCCACCACCAUUAGUACUGCGUAUUCUCCCACAUCACCCAACUACAGCCCUACAUCUCCCACUUACACCCCUUAUAGCCCUACAUCACCCAACUACAACCCUGCAUCUCCAACUUACAGCCCAACCUCACCUUCCUACAACCCCACUUCACCCUCAUAUAGUCCCACAUCUCCCUCGUAUAGUCCUGCAUCACCGGGUUAUAGCCCUACCUCACCAAGUUACAGUCCUACAUCUCCCAGUUAUGAUCCUUCUUCGGUUAGAUAUGCUUCUUCGCUUUCGUACUCUCCGACUAGUCCAUCAUACAGUCCUUCCUCUCCGAGUUACAGCUCAACAUCUCCAGCUUAUUCUCCACCCACAUCCCCUGCCUAUACUCCAUCCUCUUCAUCAUAUUCUCCUUCUAGUCCAACUUACAGUCCUAAAUGCAGUCCAUACAACUCUGUUGGUGGGGCUACUUACAGUUCAAGCUCUCCCCAGUACAGGUGUGCUCGUGUGCAUAUGCGAACUGAAAAUGAGACUACUGGGAACAUUAGACAUCCAGAGUAA